UGCUAAUCCUUGAAACAUAUCUUUCUCGAUAUGUUAUGUCAUUUUCCACCUUUUUGCAAGCAAUGGCACAAUAACGUGCAGGGAAGGCUGACUCCUAGCCGCGCAUGCAAGGCUACUUCACGGAGCUUCGGCGACCCCGCAGUUUCCUACAUCUGACAGGAGAUAUUGUAUAUCCAGCAGUUCCCCCACCACACUCGAAUGAAACCCCGCAGUAGUCUAUGAGCCGGAUCUCGCAGAUUCAACAACACCUCAACAUGGCUUCAAAAUCACCUCCAGAAUCAACAUUCAAAGACGGAGCCUGGCACGGCCAAAUCUCCGACGGAGGACCAUUUCCCCCAGAAGCAGGCCGCUACCACCUCUACAUUGGCCUCUUCUGCCCCUUCGCGCACCGCGUAAACCUAAUCCGCCACCUCAAAGGCCUCACCACCGCCAUCCCCAUCUCAAUCGUCAAACCCUACCCAAAAGGCGACUCAACAGGCUAUCCCGGCUGGAAAUUCCCCUCUGAAUCAGAACCGUACUCAGGCUCCACGCCCGACCAUCUCUUCAACAGCCCAUACAUGCACAGUAUCUAUUUCCGAGACAAACCAGACUACAAGGGCCGGUACAGCGUGCCUGUACUCUGGGAUACAAAGAAUGAUUGCUUGGUUAAUAAUGAGAGUUUGGAGAUGUUGAGGAAUUGGAAUGAGGGGUGGAAUUCGAUGCUAGAUGGGAAAUACAAAGAGUUGGAUUUAUAUCCCGAGGACUUGAGAGGAAAGAUCGACGAGAUUGGGGCGUGGAUGCAAGCGGAUCUCAAUUCUGGAGUCUACAAAGCAGGGUUCGCACCAGAUCAGGAAACGUAUGAUGAGAACGUCGUUCCUGUUUUCCAAGCUCUAAACCGGCUCGAGAAGAUCAUUCAUGAGAAUGGUGGACCGUAUGUAUUGGGCGAGAGGUUGACAGAGUUGGAUUUGAGGUUGUAUCCUACAGUGGUGAGGUUCGACGUGGUGUAUGUGCAGCAUUUUAAGUGUAAUUUGGGGACUAUUAGACAUGAUUAUCCGGUGCUGAAUGCGUGGUUGAGCAAUUUGUAUUGGAAUGUGGAGGGGUUUAGGGAGACGACGGAUUUUAAGCAUAUUAAGGAGAAUUAUACAAAGAGUCAUGGAGAUAUCAACCCCAAAGCCAUCACACCGAUGGGACCAAUCCCUGAUAUUGAGAAAGGUGUGGUGGAAAAUUGGAGUAAACUUCAACCUGGCGGGGUAGAAUUGCCCAAGUAGGUGGAUACACCACCGACUAAUCAAAUUUACGAAUAUCAAAACAUUUCCCGUAAAAACGAAUCCUGUAAAGAAGCGAUUCUUAUCAUCUCAGCAAUUCCUGUAUAUUUCAUAUUUACUUUGCUUCUUGCCCACGAUAAAC